AUGGAUUUUGGCUGUUCAUUCAAGCACAGACUUUGCUUAUUUACAGAUCCUGUUGUUCAUAAAUUUUUCUUAGAUUUUUUUAACCUAUUUUUUGUUCACAAAAUGAAGUAUACAUGGUAUCAGACUGACUCUGAGAUCAUCAUUGAUGUCCUUUCUAAAAAUUGUAAAAUAGAAGAAUUAAAGCUAAACUUCUCUGAACAAGAUGUGACAAUUGCAAGAGAAAAUGAAAAUCAAGACCAACUCCAUGUAGAGCUUUUUGCACCCAUCAAGCAUGAGGAAGCAACAUUUAAAAUUUUUUCCUCUAAGGUUGAGCUUCGACUGCCCAAAACUGUGGCCCAGAGGUGGCCGACAGUGACGCGGGAGCAACAGCCACAGGUGAUAAAAACAGCUACCAAGGAUUGGGACCACAUCACUGUUGAGGAGGAAGAGCCUCAGGGGGACCAGGCCCUCAACCAACUAUUCCAGAAAAUUUAUAAGGAUGCUGAUGAAAACACAAGAAAAGCUAUGAAUAAAAGUUUUACGGAGUCAGGAGGCACUGUGCUCAGCACCAACUGGAACGAAGUGGGCGCUAAAACUGUCGACGUCAAAGCCCCUGAUGGAAUGGAGUACAAGAAAUUUGAACAUUGACUGCCUUCUUGAUACACAAGAACUGAUUUCCCUUUUAUGAUGAGCCACCUCAAUGGAGCUAGCGCUCAUCAUCAUUGAACUUAUUUUAAUGGUUAAAUAAAUGGAAUCAUCGGGUCUUUCUCCCGAUACCUUUAUUUGCGAACGGAAAACGGAUAUCUAUACAAAUCUUCAGAUGCCGUCGAAAAGGCGUCUGUAUUUUAGAAAUUAUGCCAUCUAAUAUAAUAAAAGAUGCAGCUGGCAUAGAAAUAAUUAACCCUAUCCUAGAAUAUAAUUCCGUAUCAUUCUAAUACAUUUACAUUUCAAGAAACGCGUUUGCUUAUUAAGUAUUCUGUUAGCUGCGAGUGGAAUUUCAUUCACAUUUUUUGUCAUCGAUUAUUAAAAUAAUACACAAAUGUUCCGAUCAGCUGCCUCAGAUCCUGAUGAUGUUCAAUUAAAUUAUCUCGGAAAAAUUAUGGCAAUUAUUUUACGAAAUAAAAAGUACCUUCAUUA